UCCUGUUGUUCGUCAUCAUCAUCAUCAUCAUCAUCCUCAGCAGCAAAGCAGCAAGUAAUCCCUAUCCUCCUCAUUCUCAGCCCAGCCCUGGUAAGAGGCCAUUGCUUCUUCCUGCGCGCACAUCAUCGCACCCAUCCGGCUGUGUCACCGAUCCCCUUCCCAUUCCACCCCCCAACGCAUCCUAUUCGCAACUCAUCCCAUCGGGCCCAUCCCCAUCGCUGUAGGGGAAUUAAUUCACUCAUCUGGCCUGUAACAACCCUACGGACGUUGUGCCUGCUUGUUGCACCGUGCCCAUUCUAUCUAUCCUGUUCGAGCGCCAUUGCUCGUUUCCUCACCGUCUUUCCAACCACACACACGUCUCAAUGGCCACGCAUCACAGCCGCCCGUCAACCCACUCUAAAAGGCCGCUGCCGCCUCAUGCUCGCCCCUCCAAACCAAGUACCCACUCAUCCAAGCGUUCGCAUCUCCAUACUGCCAGCAAGAGCGGCCACAAAGCCGUCUCUCCCAAGGAGGACGACUUCGAGGACGAGGAAGUGAUGGCAACGAGUUUCUUACAGUAUUGCACUACUUGCGAAAAGCAAAUCAUCGUGCCCAAUAACUCGGUUCUGUAUUGCUCAGAAAGUUGCCGCAAGAAGGACAACGAAAAAGAAUUGACCUUUUCGCUCGACUACUCGCCGCCACUGAGUCCUUUCACCAACUUCACAUUCGACGACAUUCAUUUCAAGGACAUCGUGCCACUUCGCUCGCCCACAGCAGCCCUCUCGAACCGCUCAUCAGUCGCCUUCUCGGAACUGUCCUCGGACGAUAAUGCCACGUCUAGCGACGACAAAUCCCGCCACAGUUCCAAUGCUUCGCUGUAUCUACAUCAAGUCCAAUCUGGCAAUUCCUGGGCUGACCUGACCAAUGCCGUGCGGCCAGCCAGACCACGGUACAACCGUGCUUCAACAUCCUCCGCCAACUUCAGCGCUGCACCCUCUCUCUCCCACACCCCAGGCUCUACGACCAGCUUCUCGAUGCCCUAUACACCUGCAACAACGAGGCCUCUCCCACCCAGGACGAACCCUCACACGCAUAGCGCAUCCUACCAUGCCAAGUCUGUCGAUCUAGUCACUCCUCUUACCUACACCACGAGCAACAGCCCGCCUCAAUAUUCCUUCAAGGCCCUUCCCGUAUCGACAACAUCGAAAGGAACGGUCGAAGGCGAGAUCCUCUAUGAAAAGUCGCCCAUCCCGUCCAUCUCGCCCGCCAACAGUAGCUUGAGGCAAUUGUUCGCUUCUACGCCUCGUUGCAGCUAGGCUUGUAGUACCUAGUACAGCGGUGUCGUGUCGUCAAUGAUACCAAAGUCUCGGUGCUCGAUCAUCAAUUUGCGUGGUUUUCUCCCAUCCCCUGUUCACUGCAUUUCGGGGCAUCGACAUCCAUCCUGGCGGCAUCCAACAGUAUCAUAUUUAUGAGCCUUUUUAUUUUCCAUUCUCCUCCAAUCCACG